AUGGCUAGCCGACGCGCUGCGCGACGGCGCGGCAACACGCUUUCUUCAAGUUCCAACAUGUUACCGCGAAUACGACAUUGCUGCUGUUUGGAUGCUACGCUGAGAAGUAUUGCCUCGCAAAGAUGCGCCUCCUCUACUGCGUCAAGACAGAAUCUAGGUCCUAACGACGGCAUCCUGGAGGUACUCGAGCAAAAUAUGCAGGAAGAGGCCACAAAGCCUGAACGGAAUCCAUAUAAAAUACGCGCGUUUUCUACGGCUAUCAAUGCAGUUAAGCAGCUAGAGCGACCAAUAGUCUCAGUGGAAGAAGUUCGAUUCCUGAGGGGAGUCGGUCCGGGUAUAGCUCGUCGUAUACAAGAUUAUCUUGACGUGCAUUCUCCUGUACCACGUCCAAUUCCAACAGUGAAGACAUCUGAAAGCUCGCUCUCUGCCUCCGAAGUCGCGAGACUGAAGGAGGACCUCAUGUCAAUAAGCGGAGUGGGACCUAAGAAGGCCCAGACGUUGAUUGAUGCUGGAUGCACAUGCUUGAACGACCUGAAGCUUCCACAAUAUCGCUCAAAGCUUAGCAAUGCCCAAUUAAUUGGAAUGGACUUCCACGACCAUCUACAGGAGUCGGCACAGAGGCACGAAGCUGAAGUAGUGGCGCAGCUUAUCCAGGACAGCGUCUCCUCAAAAUUCGAAGUUCAUUUGGUGGGGGACUAUCGUCGCGGCGCAUCCGCCUCCUCCAGCAUUGAUAUCAUGCUUCUGCACCCCUCGCAUGUCCACAUCCCCACUCCAGCACCCUUUACCUCGGCAUCCAAGAAACCAUCUCGCUCUCAAUCCGUCUUCCACACAGCACCCCCUACCAAAUCCUCACGGGCCAACUCGCCCCUCUUGACCCACGUCCUACCGUCGUUGCAAGACCGCGGACUGGUCGCUGCGGCUCUUUCGUUUGGUCUGCAGACGUGGCAAGGCAUCGCGCUGGUUCCUGACGGUGAGAGCGGCGGUCGCGAAGAUCGGCAGAAGCGGUUGCAGAUGAUCGGGAAGAAGGAGGGUAAUUAUAGACGAUUGAAUAUUAGUAUGGUUCCUAUCAAAUCUAGGGGCGCUGCGCUCCUUGCACUCACUGGCGAUGCCGAAUUUAACCGUCACCUGUACACCAGGGCCACUAAACUCGGUCUGCACCUCAACGAGUACGGCUUAUGGCGAUGGAAUCACGAAGCUUCGACUGAGAGCGACAUGAACCCUUUUGACUCAGAGCAGUCGGAUAGUCAGUCUAUACGAGGCCAUUGGGAACUUAUUAAAGCGGAGAGUGAAGAAGAUAUCUUCCUCGAACUGGGAUUGGAUUACGUCGCGCCAGAACGGAGGAAUUAUGGGUUCUUGGUGGAGAUGCCAGGAAAGAAGAAACGGGGGAAGAAGCUGUCUUCAUGA